ACCAGCUCCAUUCCAUUUGCGCCUGUGUCCGUGCACAGAUGGUAUGGGUGGUGGCAUAGAUCGCAGGUCCAUUCUACGCAUCCAAUAGCGCUGCCAGUGUCAUCCGUUCCUGCAGAGCCACCACGCGCACGCUGCUCCCCGGCAUCCCUCGCCAACAUCGCCAACCUCGCCAACCUCACCUCCACAGUGUCUCGGGAAGCAUCUAUACUACCACAUACUACACACCACCAUGUCGACCAACCCACCACAGCUGUUUCUGCUCGCCGAUCACAUCAAGCUCUCGCUGCUGGAACGCCAACGCGCCAUCUCUCUCAACCUGCCCUCCCACAGCCAAGACAGUCAGAUUUCGCGGUCACUGGACCAACUGCGCUCGGGCAUCGAGUCCUUGGAAUCGCAGGUCGAAGACACAUCAGACGAAUCCAUAACAUCGCAGCUCCCACGCCUGCGCACCCAACUCAACGAACUCUCCUCCCAGUUCUCCUCCUCCACAUCCACCACUUCUCCCACCCUCACACAACCAAACGACCCUUCGCUCUCAGCCGACUUCGCCGCAGCAAAGUCCAACCCACGUCAGGCCUCCAAGAGCGUCCGCUUCACCGACAAUGACGACACAGGCGCCGACCCCAACCGCUCUGCCCUCUUCAACCAGCCAUAUCGUGACGACCCGUCCCACGACCCGGAAGCACCGCCAGACCAAUCACAUCUGGACAACCAGCAGAUUCACGAGUACCACAGCCAAGUACUGCGGGAACAGGAUGACCAGCUCGACACCCUGAGCGCGUCGAUUGGGCGGCAGAGGGAACUAAGUAUGCAGAUUGGGGACGAGCUGGAUGGGCAGGUGAUGUUGCUGGAUGAGGUCGAGGAGGGUGUGGAUCGCCAUGACGCACAGUUUCGACGGGCGAGGGGGCGGCUGGACCGCUUCAGUAGGAAGGCGCGCGAGAACUGGAGUCUGACAGUUAUUGUGGUGUUGAUCAUCAUACUCGUUCUGCUGAUUAUCAUCACCAAGUAAAGAUGUGAACGUGGGAACGAUAGAUUUGAAAUGUAUAUGGCGUUCAGGCGCGGAGAGGGAUACCUCCGCGUUCUUCAGUUGCAAAAUAUCGUUGCCACUACUAGGAUACACUACGAUACUA